AUGGGAGGGGCCCCCCAGGGGUGUGUGGGGGGGGUCCCGGGGGAGGCGGCUUCCCCCAGGAGCGUGAGGCUAGGGCCCCCCCCUACCUGCGGUUGUUCGGCGUCUGUGGAUGUGGGUUGCGAGGGAGGCCCCUAUUUAGGCCGUCGUUCCAUUUUAAGGAGGAGGAGCAGCGCUCGGCGAUCUACUGCAGCAGAUGAGCAUCUGCAGUUUUCUGCUUCAACAGCAGCAGCGCAACACGGCGAAGGCAGCGACUUCUGCGGGGGAUGGCAUGCGUCAGGAGGGGGUGCAGAAGAAGGAGAAGGCGUCUGGGAUACAGACUGCACCUCCGAAUCUGGGAUGGGGGCCUCCACGAGUUUGCAGAUUUCUAUGCUGCACGAGGCAGCCCGUUGGUUCCCUCACACUAAUAUCUACGCACGCAUGAAAGACAACGCACAGUCUCAGUUUGAUAAGAAACAUGAAUGCAGGGAUGCAGUGACAGGGAGGUUGCGUAUAGGGGGCUCUAUUUUCACUCUUCUUCUGUUUAUCUGCGUGACGCAGCGCCAGAGCAGCCUCGAGGAUAUCCCCUUAGCAGCAUUUGAGAUGGGGGGCGUCCGCUUCAUUGGCUUUGCUUCUCUUAUGACUUUUGUUUGUUCCCUUCCCAUCAUGAUCAUUGAUGUCGCCCUGGGGCAAGCGGCUCAGGCUUCUGUGGUUGCGGCUUGUGAAAGUGUCCACCGGCGUUUGAGGGGUUUGGGGCUGGCUAUGGCUGCCAGCACAAGUCUCUCAGCCGUGCUACAGACGUACAUCUCUUCCUUGGUUUUGCAUUUUCUUGUUACAUCAGUCGGGACCCUUUCUACUUGGGUCACCAGCGACACUUUCCACGAAAUCUGCGCAAGCUUAACCGCCGCCGAGUGUGCGGCAGACAUGCGCUGCUCCCCCCAACCCAACGGAGUAUGCGUGGCUUCAGUAGAGAAGUACAUUAACGCUUCGUGGACUCAUUUGCUGACGUCUACAGACGUCACGACAAGGGCGUGCAAGGCGCCGCGCACGUUGGGUACGCUGGGGGCGUGCGUGUUUCCGUGCAUGUUUAUUUUGCUGCCGUCUUUGGUGUUGAUGGAGAUGACAGCUGACGAUCAGAAGUAUAACAUGACGGACAUCUUUAAGCUGCCUUCUCCCGUUGCGUCUCUGGGGGAGAAGUACUUUUGCGUUGUAAUGCUGCCCCUUCUCCUGUAUAUGCCUGGAGACGGGGUGGUGCUAACUGUUGCUUCAUACGACAAACUCUCUCAUAACCCCGUCCUCAUUAGCGUUGUCUGCCUCACUGCCAAGUGGCUCGUUGCCUACAUGCUCUUUUACCUCCUCUUCUACGCAGAGGGCCUGGCAUUCGACCCCCAAUUGUUUAACGGAUUAUUUCGACCAAAUGGAAUUCAGUGGAUUACGUCGGGGGUGCCGGGCAGCGCUGCCUUUCCGGUGAUGUGGUAUGUGAUGACUCGCAUGUGGCCGGAGUCGUGGUUCUUAGGGAUGAUGUCGUUUGUUGCAAUUCUUACGCAGCGCUUUUCAACUUGCUGGUGUCUCGUAUUGGUCCAGUGGUCCUUUAUAUGCGAAAUGCGCUGUCUAACGCUGCCAGCUAAGCCCCCACCACCUAAAGGAUUACCUAUGUCCCCUCAGCAGCAGCAACAGCAGCAGCAGGAACAGCAAACUACUGCUCUGGCUGCUCCUACGACUCCUGCCGUUGCUCCUCCUCCUAUUGCAGGUGCACCUACUCAGGCACCUACCAGCAGCAUUCCCACAGCUCCUGCUGCACCGAAGCAGCCGCAGGAGGCGGCGGGAGGGGAGGGGGUCCUGGGGGCCCCUAGGCUGCAUUCAGGGCCGUCGGGGCCCCCCGUAGGCCCCACCCUACCACCUCCUGUCUCUGUGUUGAGAGCGCCUUCUGCCAUUUCUUCGGAGGCCCCGGAGUUGUUAGCUCGUGAAACAGACAGUGCAAAAGGAGGAGGGGGAACCACCCUUGUGCGCCGCAGGAGACCGAGGGGUUUAGAUGAGAGAGGCAGCAGCGGAGGGGGUGAGGGGGUUUGGUCUUGCUCGUUUUACCGCAUGUUGAGAAGGAGCACCGCAGAUACAUACGAAGAAGAUGAUGACAAAGGGCUAGGUGCUGCUGAGGGGCUGUUUGCAGUGAAGGCCGUCUCUCCUGCAGACACCCCAUUAGCGUGGUGGGGGGGGCCCGAGUCUGCGGGUCAAGAGAAGAUUCGUGAGCGACAGGGGGGCAUCUCUAAGUUUCGGGUGUCUAGACUUCUGCUGGCUCUAGUUGUGUACGGGCCUCCUGCUACUUUGUCUGCUUUGCUUGUUUGCUUCAACACGGGAACAGACACCUCACAAGACCCGCGUUUUACUGCGCCUGUACAGUACAGCCUGAUGGUCAAUGCAGAUGUUUUCGUGAGGCUGAUGCUGGGGAGCGUUAAGUGCGUACACUUGGCGUGGCUCUUUGGGGUGCGGCAGCAGGUGGAGAGAGUAGGGGUGCUACCUCUAUUGGUGUUGAGUUUUAGUUCAGUGUCAGUGAUGGUGGUGCCUGUGCUGCGGGUUGUCUUUAGCUGGGAGAUGUCUACUUCAAUCUUUCUCUUGCUGUUACUGCCCGCGGUAUUCUUCUGUCUCGCCUUCUUUAUAGUGGCGCUGCAGACUGCACAAAACCUCCGACUUAUUCUACAGCAAAAAAAGGGGCCCUCCCCUCUCCACUUUAGGAGUUCUCCCUCUGCUGCUAGAGGCACCCGCAGGGGCCUCCACCGCUUAGGGGCCCGCAGCCUUUCGCUGCACACACGCACUUUGCCUUCUCUUCCUUGGGAUGGGGGCUCUGCAUGCGCUUCAAAGGAGGAGUAUCUGUUCAUACAGUCUAAGAGCUUGUCUCUAGAGCGUGUUGCGCCGUUGCUGGCAGUGGAAGAGGGGGGCCCCGGGGGCCCCCCAGAGGACACCUGCACACACAAGACGGCGUCUCCUAGGGAGACACCUGCAACAGCUGCUGCUGCAGCUGCUGCAGCAGCUGCAGCUGCUGCAGCUACACAAGCUGCAGUGAAGCGCAAAGCUGCAGUAGCAAAUAGGAAGCAGAAGAGGCCAUCAAGCCGGUCUUCUGUGUGCAAGAGCUUCCUUUAUUUGAGGCUGCUGAAGAGCAACUUGUAUUGGGCCUUCAUAGGGAACGUGGAGAUGCUGCGAGGCAGUUUAAAUAUGGCUCUAACUGGGAACCCUUGCAAACCGAUCCCGUUUGUGUGGGGUUUGCUCUUUAAGUUUGUUGCAACUCCUUGGUUGCUGCUAGACUCUGUAGAGCAUAUCGUCAGCACCGUCCCUAAGGCCCUCUCCGACUUGGGGGGUUUAGGGACCCUCAUUGCCUAUCUCCUCCUCGCUUGGGUCGGCUUGCUGCUCUGCUUCGUGGUGUAUGGUGAGCUCCCUUAUAAGACGCAGCAGCUUAUGCUUCAUAUCUCCCCUUUCUGCACUGCCUAG